CGGCAAGGUUCCACCAGACCUUGUGACCGUAAAAGAUAUUGGCAUACAAGCUUCCUUAUUAUUAUUCGACUAAGGUUUUGUGCCGGUAAUUAUUCAGUCGUCUGUGACUUGCUGAUGAAAGUAUCAUUUCGUUUCUCAGAUGUUUUUAGUUCGCUAAGAAACCUCUGCUAACUCAGAGGCUUCUAGGAAAUACAAGGCCAGAGACACAACAAACAAGCAUGACCCCUCCGAUUGCGGCAACUCCUGCGCAGGAGCAGGAAACAAUAUCUGUAUCAAUUAACGGAAUCAAGUAUCAAGUACCGUACACCUUCUCUGAAGUAUCCCUAAACGAUUACCUGAGAUGUCAUUUGUUGCUGACUGGAACAAAGGUUAUGUGCCGCGAAGGUGGCUGUGGCGCCUGUGUGGUUACUGCAUCGUUUCCCGAUCCAAAAGGAUCAGGACAAAUAAUAUCACGCGCUAUUAAUUCGUGUUUGUGCCCAAUUUUGUCGUGCGAUGGAUGGGAAAUUACGACCGUAGAAGGUCUCGGGGACCAGAAAAAGCCACAUCCCAUUCAACAAACGUUGCAACAGCACUUUGGAACACAAUGCGGAUACUGCACGCCCGUGGUUAUGAGCAUGCACAGCUUAUUGGAAAGCUCUGGAGGAAAUGUCACUAGCGAGCAGGUGGAAGCGGCUUUCGGUGGUAACCUUUGCCGAUGUACGGGAUAUCGACCAAUUCUCGAAGCUUUUAAAACCUUUGCAUCGGACUCAACCUGUGCCAAGAAAGUCGAUAUGGAGGAUCUGGGGUUGAUGUGCCGACAACCAACUGGUCAGCCCUGCGCAGGACAGUGUCAGUCAUCCUGGCAACCGUACGUGAAAGCACUACCGGCCUCGGCCGCCCUCUACGCGUCCCCGUGGCAUAAACCGACAACCUUGAACGAGUUGUACCAGCUGAUUAAAACACUGACCGGGAAACAUAUUUACUAUGUUGUUGGUCACACCGGCAUCGGAGUCUAUAAUGAUGCUCCUUAUGAUGUCUACGUGGAUUUAAAAGGCAUCCCCGAUCUUUACACCAUAAAAAACGACGGCUCCAAACUGAGCGUCGGUGCCAGUGUCAGUUUAACGGAUUUGAUUGACUUGUGGAAAGAUGAAAGCCAGAAAUCCGGGUUCCGAUAUUUGGACGCGCUGGCUAACCUGUUGCUCCGAACCGCGCAGCCACCAGUGCGAAAUGCGGGAUCCUGGGGAGGAAACAUGUCUAUGAAGAAUCGUCAUAACGAUUUUCCGUCGGAAACCUACAUCGCCAUGACAAUAGCAAAUGCCAGAAUAAUUAAAAACACCUUUUUAGCAAUGUUCUCAACAACUGAACAUGCACUCUAUGAAGAAAAGGCCGAGGCCAGCCCAGUUUACAAAAAGUCCCUUAGUCAAUCCUUGUUUUACAAGUUUGCCUUGCAAAUUGUCGGCGACGCAGCAAGUCCACAGUACCAAUCGGCGACUGGUAUGAUUCAACGGCCAGUGUCAUCUGGAAAACAGGUUUUUGAUUCGAAAAAGGAGAAUUACCCUCUAAACCAACCAAUUCCUAAGUUGGAAGCGAUGGUGCAGUGCACCGGCGAAGCAAAGUAUCCUUCGGACAUUGAGCAGGAGGGAAUGUUACAUGCAGCAUUUUCCGUCACCUCCGAAGGCAAUGCAUCCAUCUACAAAGUGGACUCUUCUGAGGCGAUGGCUCUGCCAGGCGUUAUUCGCGUUUUGACAGCGGCGGAUAUUACCGGCACCAAUGAAUUAAGUGUCAUUCCGGGAGCACCGGAAGAGUUUCUGGCAUCGAAACAGUCGACAUAUGCCGGUCAACCCGUCGCAAUUGUUAUCGCUGAAACGAAAGAGAUUGCUGAGGCAGCAGCUGUCUUGGUUAAAGUGGAAUACAGUAAUGUUCGUGAACCGAUGCUGACUCCCAAGGAUGCCAUUCGAGAGAAGUCAUUUUUCCCGAUGGCGCCAAAACCCAUUGUUGUCGGGGACGCCGAAGGCGUAUACGCAAAAACCGGUUCCGGGAACAAGAUCAGUGGUGAAAUGGAAAUGGGUACACAGAAUCACUUCUAUAUGGAGACCAUGACCUGUGUCACCUAUCCCACAGAAGAUGGUCUCAAUAUGGAAGCAGGAACGCAAUACAUUGAUUCCACGCAAAGCACAGCAUCAUUUGUGACCGGUCUCAGCAAAAACAAGAUUAAUGUCACAGUCAAGCGAAACGGUGGCUCUUUUGGAAGUAAAAUCUUCCGCAAUUGUCACACGUCGACCGCAACGGCAUUGGCUGCAUUUAUUUUGCGCCGGCCAGUAAAGAUGCAUAUGAGACUGGAUACGAACUCAUACAGCGUUGGCAAAAGAUUUUCAUAUUACAUGACAUACAAAGCAGCAUUUGACGCCAACGGAAAGUUCAAGCCCUUAUAUUCGACUUGUAUAAGCAUGGGAUACAACUUCACGGCCAAUCCGUACAUGUUCUGGGAAAAGUGGGGCGAUUCAUCGUACCGCUCGCCAAAUUGGAAGAUCAACAUGACACUCUGCAAAACCAACCUACCACAAAAUUCUUGGUGCCGUGCUCCAGGGAGCUUGGAAGCUUAUUAUUUCAUGGAAUAUGUGAUGGAGCAUAUUGCCUAUGUCUUGAAAAAACCGGCACUGGAUAUUAAACGUCUUAAUUUCUAUAAAGAAGGAGAUGUACUUUUGGACGGUCAUCCACUAAAAUACAACGCACUGAAUUCUGUAACCGAUCAGUUGCUCCAGUCCUCGGAUUACGUUAAACGUCUGCAAGAGGUCACGGCUUUCAAUAAGGGGAAUAAAUGGAGGAAGAAGGGACUCGGGUUCUCCAUUAUGCGUUAUCCUGUAGACUGGGCGGGAUUUCAGUACAACUGCAACGUAUCCAUUUAUCAUAACGAUGGAUCGGUAGCGGUUGUGCACGGAGGAAUCGAGAUUGGCCAAGGAAUCAACACCAAGGUGGCGCAAGUGGUUGCAUAUGAACUGGGAGUGGAUUUAAAAUAUGUCGUAAUUCAACCGUCAACUUCCAUUAGUUGUCCGAAUUCUUUCGCCACGGGAGGAAGUGUUACCAGUGAGAUUUGUUGUUUGGCUGCAAUCAGUGCGUGUCAACAACUGAAAACUCGCAUUCAGCCUCUGCGCAGCGCUCUUCCAAACGCCACUUGGGAAGAUUUGGUGGAAACGGCAUACAACAAAGGAAUAGAUCUGUUUGCACGAGGAUGGGCUUCCCCACCUCACGAUGCCCCGACCGCUUACAAUACUUACGGCGCCAUGUGUAGUGAAGUCGAGUUUGACGUUCUCACUGGAGAAUAUCAGUUCAAUCGGGUUGAUUUGCUGUAUGACUGUGGAGAAAGCAUUUCUCCCUAUGUCGACAUUGGCCAGAUUGAGGGGGCUGUUGUGAUGGGACUGGGAUAUUUCACAUCGGAAGAGGUUAUCUAUGACAAGAAAUCUGGGGUUAACCUGACACCUACGACUUGGAAAUAUAAGCCGCCAACCUCCAAGGACAUUCCGGUGGACUUUCGAGUGGAAUUAUUGCGCAACGCACCCAACCCGUUAGGAGUGCUACGCAGUAAAACUGCGGCGGAGCCUCCGUUAUGUCUGGUUAUUUCGGCUGUGUUUGCCUUACGAAAUGCGAUUCAAGCGGCUUUGGACGAUAAAGGUCAUGCUGUCGACUUCUGGCGUUUUGACACGCCUAUCACCGUUGAGCAGGCACAGCAGCAUGCAAAAGUUGACUCCACCAGGUUUCGUUACAAGGAUUAAACAAUGGGAUUUUGGUAGGUGCCGAAUUCGAAAAGCCCUCGCAUUUACAUCAAGAAUUUUGGACUUCCACUUUCCGCCAACGCCUUAUUGGUUUUUAGCGCUUUUAUUUGCGGACAGAAUAUGCAUUAAAGCGUCCGUUAUGUUGUGUUCUUUCAAUUAAUUUAUUGCAAUUGAUUUAUUACAAUUACUUACAAUUUAUUACAACUGGUUUUUAUUCUUAUGGCUGAUAAUUCAAUCGUCAGUUAAACGACCGGAUUAAAUGGUGGUUUCAGUGCUAUUGACGUUUAUAAUACUCGUAAAACGGCAGCCGGGUCGUAAACUUUACCGGCCAAGAAUAAAUUUGUUGAUAAUAGUGAUUUUGGUUGUUUUUUUAAUUCUUGAUUGUGCAGUGCCAGCAGCAGUGAUACGAGUCAUGACUGUUAUGUCGCGAUGUAAACAUGAA